AGGACGUCCUGCGUCGAGUGCCCCUCGAGCGCCGCGAUCGCCCUCGCCAUGGUGGCCGUCUGGCUCGGAACUCUGGCGGUCGCCGUCUACCUCGCGGGCGCGGUCGUCGCGACGGCACGCCGCGCGUCGUGCCUGCACCCUUUCAUCCUCAAGAUCCUGCUGGGACACCUCCUGAUGGUGAACAGCCUCGCCUCGCUCGAGCAGUGGGAGCUCGAGCCCGGCUUCGGGGGCGCAGCGCCGGCCGUCCGCUUGGUGCUGGCGCUCUGCUUCGGCUGGGACGGCAUGGCCCCGUUGGGCGCCCUGCCGCUGGAGUGCGCCCUGGAGUCCUCGGGCCUCGGCCCUCUGGCCCAGACGUGGGCCGCGUUCGGCUUCUGGCUCUGCUGGCCCUUCGCCACGCUGCUGGGCUGCGCGCUGGCAACCCUGUGCCUCCUGGAGGUGAUGUCCUGGCUGGACGCGUCGUCACAGGACCCCGAGGCCCGACG